UAUCUCACUAUCGCAUCUAAUCAGAGCCAUCGGGCCACACCGCACGCCAGUUUCUCCGGGGCAGUGAAGCUGGGAGUGUGUUCUUACUUUGAGGUUGUGUUAGUCAGCUGUUUGUGUUGGCAUGUGUUUGAUCCUCAUCAGUGUGCCUGCCUACUACGGGAAGCAGUGGUGGGCUGCAGGAGGCACAUUAUGAAACAAGCAAACGGACAACCCUUACUUGCAGGAAGUAUACAAGGCAAGACCAAAACUUAAUAUCAGAAAACAUACACAAGACACGGUGUAUCCGGAGAUUCAGUAAAAAGAAAUCAUGACAAGAAAAGGAUAACGAACCACGCACAGGAGUCGCUCUGAGAAGGAAGCGAGGGUGAGGCUGUGCAGAGUCGGCAGAGGUUGGCCGCGAGGGCUGUGACAAAGGGCGGCCAAAUGUUAUAAUUUCCCCAAACUAUUCAGAAAACAUAUACAAAUUAAAGGUACUACAUAAAAGUCUGAUUUUUUCCUUCUUGCGUGGAGACAAUUUGUGAAGUGGGUGCCCACCGCACGGACUUUCACCCGGACGGGCACUAGCCACAGGUGUGCACGUCUUCCGCCGCAUGGGCGUGGUGACGGUGAGGCGGUGGCGGCACGUCAGCCUGGUGGCGGGCGUGUGUCUGGCCGCCUGGCUAGGCUACUUCCUCCUGCUGCGCCCCACAGGCCGGGGAGACAGCGGGCGGAGCAGGCCCCGACGCCCCUUCCCCGCGGACGCUUCGUCAGGACUGUACACAAGGACGAGCCGGGCAAACUCAACCCCGAGUCGUGGAGAAAGACGCCGCGGGUCAUGUGCUUGGUGGUGACCUCGCCUCAGUACCACCACAGGAGGGCCAGCCACGUGAAGGCCACGUGGGGCCACUGGGGGCGCGGGGCGUGCCCUAACACUGUCUUCCUCACUUCCACUCAAGAUGACACUCUCCAGAACGUCAUUUUAUCCAAGUUUUCAAGCUACGAGGACCUCUGGGGGAAGGUGCUGGACGGGCUGCUGCAAGUGAACGCGUCGGAGGCUGACUGGUUCGUGAAGGUGGACGAUGACACUUUCUUGCUCUACCCUAACCUGCUGGAACUCCUGGGGCCCUUGGAUCCAGCGGAGCCUCUGUACCUCGGCCUUUCCCUCGUCUACCGGCCGGAGGGAGGUGUGACGCACGAGAAAGGCAAGAGGCAGCAAAAGACCGCGACCUCUUUGCAGGAGGGGGAGGAGGUGACCUACAUGAGCGGCGGAGCAGGCUACGUGCUGAGCCGCGCCGCCCUCACCCGCCUGCAGGCCUCCCACGCCCCCUCCCGCUGCCGACCCCCGGGACAAACAGCCUUCGAGGACGUCAACAUGGGCUAUUGCAUGGCUGCACUCGGUGUGCGUGCCGCAGACACGCGCGACCCCUUGGGACGGGUGAGGUUCCUGCCGUGCUCGCCGCGCCGCUUCCUCCAGCCAAGGCCAGACCCGGACCUCGAGUGGCUUCUAAACUUCAGCAAAUACGAAAUCCACCUUGGCGCGGAGAGCCUCAGCGACCUGGUGGUGAGUUUCCACGAGAUCCGGGACCCCCUUGACUUCUACUUCCUGCAGUAUUUAGUGUACGAUCUGAAGCCCCUCCCGCCGGGCACUUCCCGCCCCUUCACGUCCUCCAGGAUCCCCCAGCAGUAACCCAGAACGCAUCAUCCUUCUUCCUGGACCGCUUGAGCACUGUGUAGCCCUUCAGUCCGCCACAGGGUGCAGGACGGCUGGUUCAUUGGCCUGCACUUCGCCUGCUGGUCAUGAGUGUGCCGAGCUUGGAGUGUAUGUACUAAGAGCACGUGACUACUGAAGUGUCCGGGUGGAGGGCGGGUGCUCGGCUGCUUCUCAAAGAUAAUAUCAUGAACGUUAUGCUUCCUAAGACUGCAUCUUGAAGUGCUUGUAAGCUAAGGAAUGAUUGACUGCGACAUCAUGAAACGACGAGUUUUGUUAAGUUAAAACGUUUGAAGCACAAAAGAUAAAUCCACACACGGUGUUUCUGGAAAAGUCCCAUGUCCUCCCCCUCCUCCAACGCCACACAUACACACACAUACACACACACACACACACACACACACACACACACACACAUGGAAGAGUUCCUUUAUCUCAACUUUUCCUUUAUCUCUUCCUCUGUCUCAAGGUAAGAGGACAGGAAGCGAGGGAAGGAUGUUCAAUUUUUGUUGGACUUAACAUUUAGCUCCCAGACGUCCCGUCUGGGAGCUAAAUAGCUAUGUAGAUCGACAAUUUGACAAAAAAAAUUGCUUUGGGAAUGACUGAUCAUGUUACUAUUUUUGAAUAAACUAUAUUUUUCAACUCUCCGGA